GGAGGAAGUUGUUGUGUGGCUGUGACUGUUGAACAGAACAGGAACUGCUCUGACUGCUCUCUCUCUCUCUCUCGACUAUAACGGAAAACUCGCCGACAUGAAGAAGUCCUCCAGCAAAUCCAAAGAAUGCGCCUUGAAUGCAGAGGAUGGAUACGUGAGGAUGUUCCUGCGAGGACGUCCCGUCACCAUGCACCUCCCCGACCAGCAGAGGGAGACCUACAGCCUGGAGCCCAAGGUGGCGCUGCCUGACCGCAAGCUGAAACUGCAGUGGGUGUACGGAUACCGUGGUCGUGACUGUCGCUCCAACCUCUACCUGCUGCCCACGGGCGAGAUCGUCUACUUCAACGCCUCCGUGGUGGUUCUGUACAACACGGAGGAGCAGCAGCAGAGACACUACCUGGGCCACAACGAUGACGUGAAAUGCCUGAGUGUCCAUCCUGACAUGGUUACCAUAGCAACGGGGCAAAUGGCCGGAACCUCUAAAGAUGGAAAGCUGCUGGCUCCUCACGUUCGUGUUUGGGAUUCUGUGAGUCUCAACACGCUGCACGUCAUCGGGAUGGGAGUGUUCGACAGAGCCGUCACUUGUGUCACUUUCUCCAAGUCGAACGGCGGCGCCUUCCUCUGCGCCGUGGACGACGCCAACGAUCACGUCCUGUCCGUCUGGAACUGGCAGAAGGAGAAACAACUGGCUGAUGUGAAGUGCUCCAACGACUCUGUCCUGGGCGCCGUGUUCCAUCCCACGGACGCCAACCUGAUCGUCACCUGUGGAAAGUCUCACAUUAACUUCUGGACCAUGGAGGGAAACACUCUGAGCAAGAGACAGGGCCUGUUCGAAAAACAUGAGAAACCAAAGUACGUGUUGUGCGUGGCGUUCGCUCAGAACGGAGACGCCAUCACAGGAGACUCCAGUGGAAACAUCUACGUCUGGGCUAAAGGUGGUUACCGCAUCAGCCAGGUGGUGUCGGGCGCCCACGAGGGGGGGAUCUUCUCCUUGUGUGUCCUGAAGGACGGCACCAUGGUGUCCGGGGGGGGCAAGGACCGCAAGGUGGCGCUGUGGGACCACGAGUACAGGAAGCAGUCGGACAUGGAGGUCGGGGAGGCGUUUGGUCCCAUUCGCGCUCUGACUGAGGGAAAACCAGGAGAGCUUUUCGUUGGAACCACAAAGAACGCCAUCAUCAGAGCGGCGUUCCCUGACACCCUGACCCCGAUUGUGCAGGGUCACACCGACGAGCUGUGGGGUCUGGAUGCUCAUCCGUCCAUGGAGCAGUUCGCCACCUGCUCCCAGGACAAGCAGGUUCACCUCUGGGACACCGACUCCCAUCAGCCCCUCUGGAGCAAGACCAUCGAGGACCCAGGCCGGUCGGUAGGUUUCCAUCCCAGCGGAGCCGUUCUGGCCGUCGGGACCAUGACUGGAAGGUGGUUGGUGCUGGACACCGACACUCGGGAUCUCGUUACUAUGCACACGGACGGAAACGAGAUAAUUUCCAACAUCAGGUAUUCACCAGACGGGAACUUCCUGGCUGUGGCUUCGCACGACAACUUUGUUUACAUCUACGCUGUGACGGAGAACGGACGGAAGUACAGCCGUGUGGGGAAAUGCACCGGUCACUCCAGCUUCGUCACCCACGUGGACUGGUCCCAGGACAGCCAGUACCUCGUCACCAACUCAGGAGACUACGAGAUCCUCUUCUGGGAGGCCUCCAGUUGUAAACAUGUGACCAGCAUGGACACCAUGCGUAACCUGGACUGGGCCACUUCCACCUGCACUCUGGCCUUUACCACCUUCGGAGUCUGGCCCGACGGCGCCGACGGCACCGACCUCAACGCCGUGUGCAGGUCACAUGACGGAUCCCUGCUGGCCUCUGCCGACGACUUCGGCAAAGUGCACUUGUUCUCCUUCCCCUGCUCUCAACCAAGGGCUCCGAGCCACGAGUACGGUGGCCACAGCAGUCACGUGACCAACGUUGCCUUCCUGCACGACGACAGUCACCUGAUCUCCACCGGCGGGAAAGACACCAGCAUCCUGCAGUGGGUGGUCGCCUAGACGACGAGAUCGGCAGGCCACCUCUCGAAUCCAGCAUCCUCACCUCUUCACUGUUUUACCCUCCUGCCACCAGGGGGCAGCACUUCCUCUGUGCCUACCGGAAUGUACACACACGCAUCCUAACCGAGAAACACCAGAUGAGAUCAUUAAUGUAAUAAAUGGAAUAUUAUUUAGUGUCCAGCUUGUUUGUAAUAGAAUGUAGAGAAGACAGGCAGGAAGUGACGAAGCAGGAAGUGACCUGUGACUUUAGCGUUAGUGCUAACUGUGCCUAAACCAUGUUUAUCUUAACCCCUUUAACGGGAAUCCACCUGUUUUACAUGACAAGCGUGUUUUAGCUCCUUUGUUAUAAAUCACGUGCACUUUACAGUUGUUUUUUGCUACACUCACAUGUUUAGGGUUAUAUUUAUGGGUUUAAUAUCAGAGUCUAUUUUGUUCUUUUGUUGUGUCAAGCAGCGGAAAUUAAUUAAAGUUAAUUUAGUUUGAUGAUUUAAAGCGGAUUUCAAAUCAGUCUGCACGAGAAACGCAUGCAACAGUUCUGAAAUCACACUGAGUGCAUGGGAACAAUGCCUAAUGAAAACCAAGGAAUGAAAAAUACACCUAAAUAUGUAUAAUUGUUAAAAAUUGCUGCACUGUUAUGUAAAGUGCACUUGUUUUGAUUUAAAGGGGUUAAAACACGCGUACCUUUAAAAAAAGAUUCACUCCGGGUGCGAGUUGUUGAUUCAUGUGAACGUGCACAGGUCGAAAUAAAUUAAAUAAACAUGUGAAAUUAUGACGUAUUAGAAAGGAAGAUUGUAUUCAAACCCCUGAAAUAGGUGGAAUCCCCCUUUUCACCAUAGUUACUCUGACCCUGUCUCCAUCCUUCUGCCUGAAUAACAUCAUAAUCAUAAUAAUAAUAAUGAGUAUACAGAUUCCUCUUAGAGAUUGUAAAUGGUGCAAAGUGCUGGCUCCCCCCCCCAUCCCACCCCCUCAACUGCUGUGUUUCUGAUUGUACUACUACUGUAACUGUGCCGAGAGGCCACUAGAUGGCGCUAAGAGAAUGAGCAUGAUCCUGUAGAUGCUGUUCAAGUUACAAAGGUCUCUAGAGUUGAUAUAAAUAUAUUAUGCAGUAUAUCCAAGUGGCUGUGUUAUUUUAAUAUUUAACUGUAACGAUGAUGGAUGUUAUUAAUAAUCUUGUGGCACUAUUAGCGACAGAGGGCGACUGUGCUGAGUGAAGCUUGAGCUGUGCUUUGCCUUCUUCUGUUUGGUUUCUAAAGUUUUGACCCGAGUGGGAGCUCUUCUCCUCCCCAUGAAUUGGCUACGAAUAUAUAAGAUAUAAAAUAUACAUGGGUACUAAUCUUUCUUUUGUCUUUUUGUGUGCUAAUGUGUUCAAUAAAUGAUUCGCUUAAAA